AAAUAUAAAUAGUUAUUUUCAAACAACUUGUGUGUGGUAUGUUCAGUCAUAUCUUCUUCUUUGUUCUUUAAUUUUUAUUUUUUUUCUCCUUUUCAGGGGACUUGAAUUUUGGAGCCAAGAAAACAUUAGCAAAGAAUAACAUGAAACAAGAACCACCACCCCCGUCGCAGCACCACCGGAAGAGACUGAUGGUUUCUGCCCUACAGAAGUUCGGUAAAACUAUCGCUUAUUUUCUCCUUCUCCUACUGACCUACUAUCUAGGUUAUCUAUCUGCAGCCUCUUCCACCUCGAACAAACCUACUUUAUUAUCAAGAAUUCCCGUAGAAACUAUCCCAGCCACCACCUUCAGAUCCUCCACCACCAGCUCCGCCGCCCCAGUAGUUGACCACAACAUCUUUUCAAUUCAGUGUAUCGAUCCAGUUAUCUCGGAAAAAGUCCGCCAAGCAGUUCUUGAUCGAGUCUUCCAUGGCAAGUCCCCGUGGCAAAACUUCCCCCCCGCGCAUGUUAGCACUCUUCUCCGCCAGAACCGGAUUAAAGGGUGGGGUUCCACCGGUGCAGUCUUCGAGAACCUCAUCCGGCGAGUGAGGCCCGAGACCAUAAUUGAGGUGGGCACUUUUCUUGGUGCGUCGGCUCUUCACAUGGCGAAGUUGACUCGUCAACUCGGUCUCAAGACUCAGAUACUCUGCAUUGACGAUUUUCGGGGCUGGCCCGGGUUCUUGGAAAAAUUCAGGGACAUAAAAAUGGUAAACGGAGAUGUUUUGCUCAUGUACCAAUUCAUGCAAAACGUUGUUUAUGCAAAUGCCACUGAAUCAGUCCUUUUCAUGCCAUUCUCCACCGCGUCAGCUCUCGAUAAACUCUGUGAGUGGGGCGUGUCCGCUGAGUUGAUUGAAAUCGACGCGGGUCAUGAUUUUCACUCGGCAUGGACCGAUAUAAACAAGGCCUAUAAGAUUUUGAGGCCCGGUGGUGUCAUUUUUGGGCAUGACUAUUUUACUUCUGCGGAUAAUAAAGGCGUUAGAAGAGCGGUCAACAUGUUUGCUCGACUCAAUAAUCUCCGAGUCCAACUCGAUGGGCAGCACUGGGUCAUCAAUUCGAAAUAACUCGUUACAAGUUAUUAGUUAUUCAAAAUUUUUUUGGAAACUUUAGUACACAAAAUUGAACAAUAUUACCGGAGAAAGGUUGAAAGUCAAUUUUUUUCUUUCUCAAACUAAUUAAGGGUUUGUUCAUU